AUGUAAAACUUCAAAUAUCUCUUUACUUUUUCUUUAUUACCCUGUGACAAUACAGGAAAUACAGUAAUCGGUGGUUCAACUUUUGAUAAUGAUGUCUCAUUAUUAAUGAACCAGAAGCCAUUAAUAGUAUAUGUAAAGAAAGGAGGAGAAUUUAAGUGGUCUUUUAUAAUAAACAUUUUGUCAUACAUCUCUAUUUCAGCUAUAAGUUUUAAGGAUGGAUCCACGUCAACAAUUGCUUUUUCUCUUGAAUCAUUAGUAUCUUCGACUGAUCCUUUAAAUGUAAUGCUAAUUAGUUCAAGCGGAAUCACUGCCUAUAUAUUUACUUCAACUAGUGGAAUUAAGGGCUAUAUACCAUCUAGUGGAUUAAAAUUUGAAUCAAGUGGCAAUUUUUACUUAGCAAUGCAUCCUGAAAGUACAAAUUAAUUUUCAAUAUUAAAAUUUGGAUCCACUGCUUCAAAUAAAAAUACUGUAUUCUAUUGGAAAUGGAAUUAAAUGCCUUCAUAUGCAAAUGUAGUCGCUAAUGAUGAUUAUGCAAGUAUUUACUAUUUUGGAGGCAUUUUAAUUGACAAUGGAGGAAAUGUUUGUACAGCAAUCGUUAUAGCUUUAUUUGAUGGAAGUAUUCAAUAGAUAUUAGCCAUAAGCAGCUUGCUCGGAGGAUGGUUCUGA